GGCGUGGCCUUGUGCUCUGGGACGGGAGAGGCUAUGGCCGAGCCGGACCCGCUCACACAAUUGCCGGCGUGGAUGAAGGAAUUGUCCAGCAUCAUACAGCUUCAGCUGGAUCUGAUCGCCAGUAUGAAUCGCUCUGUCACUGAAGGGCAAAGAGCGCAACAUAUCAGUGCUAGCCCUACUGGCGAGUCUGAUUUGGAUGGUUUGCGGGUGAGAUUCGCCAGUGUCCAACAGACGUUGCAGAGCGGGCAGAUCAGUGAACAAUGUGAUAGUGAAAGUGGGAAAGGUGGGAAAGGCUUUGGGCUUCUCGGUCGCGAAGACCGGCCCUGUUUCGAGCGGCCAGACGUGUUCCCCAUGGCCUGCAUCAAGGAAGGUGACGAAAAUGCUGAUGCCACAGAUGCCGCAGAUGCCGCAGAUGCCACAGGCGGAUUCGGCGACAUCUGCGAGUUUCACGACGACGGCAGCCGUGGCAGUGGCAACCAUGGCAACCAUGGCCAUUUUGGUUUUAGCCAAGGCAUUCAGGGCAUUCGUGGCAACGCCGAUGUGAUGGAGAGUUAUGACAAACGAAUCAUGGAGUCAAUGGUGGUUGAAAAGGAAAACCGAUUUCCGAACGGACUUUUGAAUCCACGGUGGAUUGGCAAAUUGGGCUGGGAUUUUGGAGUCAUGUUCUUCGUCCUAAUGGAUGCCAUUGUCCUUCCUUUCCAGCUCACCUUCAAGAGCAAUGCGAACAGCGAUCAAAUGGAUACUUUUGAUUUGGGAUGGCUUUGGAUUACCACCUUGGUGUUUGCUACUGACAUCUUGCUGAGCUUCAACACGGCUGUGGAACGAGGAGAGAGGGAUCGCCAAUCUGGGAAGCAUGCUUUGAUUUUGGAUCGGUGUCAGAUUGCAAAGCUGUAUUUGCGCGGUUGGUUCAUCAUUGACUUCGGUAGCGCCGUGCCAUGGGCACAAAUUUCUGAGGCCUUUUACUCUGGAGAUUCAUCCCAACUCACCAGGCUCACCAAGGUAGUGAAAUUUGUGAGGCUGCUCCGAUUAGUGCGCAUGCUUCGCUUGGCCAAGCUGAAAACCAUUUGGGAAAGGAUGGAGAUUCGAAUCGGAUCCGUUUACAUCAUUCAAUGCAUUUCCCUCUUGCGGGUGUUGAGUGUGGUGGUGGCGAUGUGUCACUGGAGUGCUUGCCUCUUUUGGUUGAUUGGUCUGCCCCGGAACCUCUUCACCGAACUUAUGUCAGACGAAGAGCAAUUGGCUUAUGAAGCAGCACCUCAUUGGACGACAGUGUGGAGACGUCAUUCCAAUGAGCAGUCUGAACCCUGGCGAUGGCUGGAUCGUAGCAUUUCAGAGACAUAUGUUUUCUGCUUUUACUGGACACUUGGUGUCAUGCGAACUAUGCCAGCAGAAGUGACGCCAGUGAACUUGCCCGAGCGCGUCUUCGUUCUGAUUUUCAUGUUCUUUGCGCUGUCUGCCUUUGCCAUUUCCAUCGCUUUGAUCACCCAGAGCUUCUUCAAACUCUCGGAACGGAGGAAGACGUUCAACGAGGAGUACGUGGCACUCCGGCUGCACCUGCAGAAGACCAAGGUCUCCGAAGACGUCCAGGGCCGCGUCAAGGCGUAUCUGACGCACCUCUUCACACGCCGCCGCAUCCAGGCCAAGGAGGCGAAUCUGUUGAACGUGCUGCCGGAAAACCUUCGUGAGGAAGUCUUCCGAUGCCAAGCGUCGCACCACAUGUGUCUUCAGUUGCCCGUGAUGUCCAGCUUCAGACGCUCCCAGCGUCUACGCCUCGCGGCUGCUGCAGCAACCUGCGACUUCAUGCCUGGCGAAACCGUGGUGCAGAAGGGCGAGAUCAUUGAUGCAGCUUGGAUUCUCAUGACCGGGCAGCUUCAUCAGGAUGGCUGGGACAUUGAGGAAUUCCCUACAGUGGUCCACGCUGAGUGCUUGGGACAAUUGGAACAUGAAGCGUGCGAAUAUUCCGAAGGCAAAGUGGUCGCCACAGAGAUGUCGGAGGUUUUGAAGGUGGAUAAGGCCAACUUCUUGCGAAUUGCCAAGAGCUUCUCUGGGAACAAGGAACACGUCGAUCCUGUUCGUGGAACCCGCAGACCCGAGUUAAAGCGUUCCAUGAGUGGCAUUAGCGACGACCGGGGGCUUCGAGAUGGCAGUGAUGAAAUGAACAAUAGCAUGAUGAGAGCCACCGUGGCGGUGAUGUCUACCAGCUAAAGCAGCGCUAAAGCAGCGCUAAAGGGCCAAAAGCAGCGCUAGAGCACAGAUCAAUGUGACGAUCUGUCAGAGAUGUGUCAGACGACGCAUAUUCUGAGGGCCUGUGCCUCGAGGUUCCCCAAGGGCCCCAAGGGCCCUGGCUGUGUUAUGUUUGCAAUGAUGUACAGACUUUUUUUUGGGGUUAUUAUUUUUUUGCAGCACUCUGUCAGACUGCGUCACCGAAUCUAUAACCUUCUCUGGAC